UAUUUAUCGUCCGAAUUCAAAGACAUCCCGUAUUCAGAAAACCUCACUCAACUCGAAAGUGUCGAAUAGUGAAUCUCGCGUGUCUCAGAAUGGUGAAUACAAUACUACGAUUGUAUCGCACUCCGGGCUGCACCGAAGCGAAAACUAACGAAAUUUUUAACAAAUUGUCGACGGUCACGCCGAAUCUCAAGCAAAUCGACACGGAGGAAUGUUUCCAUGUGGAGCUUACCAAACCGCUCACUGAACAAGAAGAAAACAUUUUGAAGUGGGUGCUGAGAAAUCCACACAACCCCAACAGUUUGGUUAGUCAACAAGUUCUGACUGAAAAUGAAAACCAAAUAUUGAUAGAAUGCGGCCCCAGAUUCAAUUUUUCAACGUCCAGUUCCACAAAUGCUGUGUCAAUAUGCAACAAUCUAGGAUUGAGCCAGGUUUCUAGACUGGAAGUGUCGCGCCGUUAUUUGCUAACUUUCACAGGUAGCAAGCCAACAAAAGACACAGAAAACAAACUUGCACUCUUGUUACAUGAUAAAAUGACUGAGUGCAGGUAUACACCAGAAAAUAUACCACAGAACAGUUUCAAUGAGAAAUUGGCCAAAAAGGAGAACAUCUGUGUGAUUGAUGUUCUGGGCAAAGGCGAAAAAGCACUAAAACAAAUUGAUGAGGAACUUGGUUUGGCUUUUGAUGAGGCUGACUUAAAAUACUACACAGAUCUGUUCAAGAACAAAUUGAAAAGGAAUCCCACUAAUGUGGAGUGUUUUGAUCUGGCACAGUCAAACAGUGAACAUUCUAGGCAUUGGUUUUUCAAAGGAAAAAUGAUUGUGGAUGGUAAAGAAUAUGAGGAAUCUUUGAUUGAUAUGAUUGUUGAUACACAGAAACACACCAAUCAGAAUAAUGUUAUUAAAUUCAGUGACAACAGCAGUGCGAUUAAGGGUUACUUGCACAGAAGUUUGAGACCGGUUACGCCAGGUUCUGUGAGCGAAUUGAAGGCAGUAAAUGCCGAAUCCCAUUUAAUUUUCACGGCUGAAACGCACAACUUUCCUACAGGCGUCGCUCCUUUCAGCGGAGCCACCACCGGAACUGGUGGUCGCUUGCGGGACGUCCAAUGUGUCGGACGCGGUGGCUACUGCAUUGCCGGUACCGCUGGCUACUCAGUCGGAAAUUUGAACAUACCAGGUUACGAUUUACCAUGGGAAAAGACCGGCUUCGAGUAUCCGACCAACUUCGCUCCUCCAUUGGACAUCCUGAUAGAAGCGAGCAACGGAGCCUCCGACUACGGUAACAAAUUUGGUGAACCCCUGAUUUGUGGCUUCGUCCGCUCGUUCGGACUCGUGGAUGCUGCCGGCGACAGGAGGGAGUGGAUCAAACCGAUAAUGUUCAGCGGAGGUAUCGGAAGCAUGGAAGCGGCCAUGACGGAGAAAAUGUCUCCGAAAGUCGGACACCAGAUUAUUAAGAUUGGCGGUCCGGUUUACCGGAUCGGUGUUGGUGGCGGAUCCGCCAGUUCCGUCGAGGUUCAGGGUGACAAUAAAGAAGAGUUAGAUUUCAACGCCGUUCAAAGAGGCGAUGCUGAAAUGGAACAGAAACUCAACAGAGUGGUGAGAGCUUGUCUUGAAUCUGGCAAAAAGAAUCCAAUCGUGAGUAUUCACGAUCAAGGAGCGGGUGGAAACGGAAAUGUGCUUAAAGAGUUGGUUGAACCGGUUGGAGGUAUAAUUUAUGCGGACCGAUUUGAAUUGGGUGAUCCUACUAUUAACGUUUUGGAACUUUGGGGUGCUGAGUAUCAAGAAAACAACGCUUUGUUGUGUGAGAAACGAGAUCUUGAUUUACUAAAAGCAAUUUGUCGCAGAGAAAGAUGUCCAAUAAAUGUUGUUGGUGAAGUAACAGGAACAGGACGCGUAGAAUUGGCGACCGAUGAGACAAAAUCAUCAAUCCCUUUCAAUUUAGAACUUGAACACGUUUUAGGAAAAAUGCCGAGAAAAGUGUUCAAUUUAUCCCGGAAAAAUGUACUACUUAAACCAAUAGAGUUACCGAAAGGCACGUCCAUUUUAAAAGCUUUAGAAGCCGUUUUGAGACUACCGAGCGUUGCAAGCAAAAGAUAUUUAACCAACAAGGUUGACAGAUGUGUCACAGGUUUAAUAGCCCAACAGCAAUGUGUUGGACCACUGCACACUCCUUUAGCCGAUGUUGCGGUUACAGCUAUUUCUCACUUUGGAUACGAAGGUAUAGCUUCUUCGAUCGGUGAACAACCAAUAAAAGGUUUGGUAAAUACGGCUGCGGGUGCCAGAAUGACAGUGGCUGAAGCACUGUCUAAUCUGGUUUUCGCCGCCGUUUCCGAUUUACGUGACGUAAAGUGCAGCGGCAAUUGGAUGUGGGCGGCGAAGUUAGAAGGCGAAGGUGCCGCCUUGUUUGAUGCUUGUAAAGCCAUGUGCGGUUUGAUGAACGAGUUGGGCAUUGCCAUUGACGGAGGAAAGGAUUCUUUGAGUAUGGCUGCCAGAGUCGGGAAGGAUACUGUCAAAGCCCCUGGAACUCUUGUGGUUUCGACUUACGCUCCUUGCCCGGAUGUCAGGAAGGUUGUGACACCCGAUUUGAAGGCACCUUCGAUGGGAAAAUCGGGACGAUUGCUCUUUGUGGACUUGUCUAACGGCGAUAACAGACUCGGCGGAUCUGCACUUGCACAGGUUUUCGGACAAUUGGGUAACGAAUCUCCGGACGUUCACUGUGCCAAAACUUUUGCCAACGCCUUUAACGCAACCCAAAAACUGAUUAAGGACGGAGCUAUUCUGUCGGGUCACGAUGUGAGCGAUGGAGGUUUGAUUGUGUGUUUGUUCGAGAUGGCGUUCGCUGGAAUUUCUGGCUUGAACGUCAGUUUAAAACAUCGAUCUGGUCCGGCUCUUAAUGUAUUGUUCUCUGAAGAAGUUGGAUGGGUUUUGGAAAUUCUUGAUGCGGAUCUGCAACAUUGUCUUUCUACUUUCAAGCAAUUCAACGUUCCCGUAUGGGAAAUCGGUAAAUCAGUCGGAUACGGAAUGCGUUCGGAAAUCCUCAUCAACGUAAACACAGUGACCUUUGAGAGUCGUCUGGUGAACCUCAUGAUGAUGUGGGAAGAAACCAGCUACAAAUUGGAACUGCAACAAACCAUCAAAGUAUGUGCAGACUCGGAAUUCAACAUUUUAUCACAAAGAACGGCUCCCAAAUACAAAUUGACAUUUGAUCCGGACGAAGACAAAACAACGAAGGGUCAGAACAUUGAAGUGGCUGUCAUAAGAGAGGAAGGAACAAAUGGUGAUCGGGAGAUGGCUGCGGCUCUCGUACAAGUUGGUUUCAAAGUAUUUGACGUUACGAUGCAAGAUUUGUUGAGUGGGGACGUAACUUUAGAUCGAUUCAGAGGUGUUAUUUUCCCUGGUGGAUUUAGUUACGCAGACGUGUUGGGAUCUGCCAAAGGAUGGGCCGCCAGUAUCCUCUUCAACGAACGUGUGAGCCAACAGUUCAAAAAGUUCUUCGCACGACCAGACACUUUCAGUUUGGGCGUUUGCAACGGUUGCCAGUUGAUGGCACUUAUCGGAUGGGUGGGCAACAGUCCGGUAGAAGGAGACGACAAACCGGACAUCGUGUUGGAACACAACCUGUCCGAACGAUUCGAGUGCAGAUGGAGCACCGUGAAAAUCGAAAAAAGCAAAAGCAUCAUGCUGCAAGGCAUGGAAGACUCCGUUUUCGGAGUUUGGGUGGCGCACGGUGAAGGUAGAUUCACGUUCAAAAACGACACCAUCUACCGGAAGCUUGUUGAACAAGGCUGCGUGGGACUUCGUUAUGUGAACGAUGCCGGAAACCCCACCGAAACCUACCCAAUGAAUCCCAACGGAAGCAUCGAAGGUUUGGCCGGAGUCUGCUCGAACGACGGUCGACAUCUGGCGAUGAUGCCGCACCCAGAGAGGUGCACGCAGACAUUCCAAUGGCCGUACAUGCCGAGGGAUUGGGUCAAUUAUCAGAAGAGUCCUUGGGAGAAGAUGUUCAGGAACGCCUACGAAUGGUGCUGCAACGUCAAAUUCCACAGGGUUUAUUAUUAGGUUCUUUGGUGCAAUAUUUUGCGUUUACAUUCCGCGAGUUUAUAUUUUUCUAUUGAAUUAUAUUAUCAGUUGUUAAUUUAUGGUAGGUUUAAUUUGUUGAAGAAAUAAAACAUGAGAGUUUUUAAUAAAAAAUUAUUUAAUU